UUAUUGUGUUCCUCGAAAAUAAAAUAAUUGUAGGUACAAUGCGUACAUAUAACCUUAUAAUUUUAUAAAUAAAAUUUGGAUACCUAUUGUUUUUAAAAUGGGGAAAAAAAACAAAGAGUCUCUCGGUCGCGCCCUUAUAAAAGACAGAUUUGCUAAAAAUCGACAUAGAAGACAUGUGGAAGAUAAUACCCUGUUACAUACUACAGAAGUUAAUGACGGAUUUGAUUGGGGAAGAUUAAACCUACAAUCAGUUACUGCCGAAUCCUCCUUACAAGAAUUUCUGUCUACUGCAGAAUUAGCAAAUAGAGAAUUUAUCGCUGAAAAAUUAAAUGUUAAAUAUGUGAAGUCUGCUCCAAAUGCUGUGGAAUUGCAGACAUCUCAGCCAGAUUUUGAUGAGCCUCUUACAGUGCCUAGAAGGCCCCCAUGGCAACCUGGUAUAUCAGCAGAAGAGCAGAUAAAUAGAGAAAAGGAUUCAUAUCUUGAGUGGAGAAGACAUUUAAAUGAGUUACAAGAGAGGCUUGGAGCAGCUGUCACACCAUACGAGAGGAAUAUCGAACUGUGGAAACAAUUAUGGAGGACCUUGGAGAAGUCUGAUGUUGUUCUGCUACUUUUAGAUGCUCGAAAUCCUCUGUUAUUUAGAUGUUCAGAUUUAGAGAAGUAUGCAUCAGAACAAAAUUGUAAAUGUAUAUUAUUGUUGAACAAAGCUGACUUGACAACAGAAUAUGUGCGAAAAUGUUGGGCAGAGUACUUUACUAAAGAGAGAACACCCAUUAUUUUCUUUUCAGCUGCUAAAGCUACAAAAGAAAGAAAAAUCUCGGAAGAAAUUGAAAAGGAUAUAAACGAUUCAGCAACAGAAUCAGUUGACGGAGAUGAUGAAGCUGAAUCAACUGAUGAAGACGAGGAAGAAAACAUACAAGAAACAGAGAAUGAUAUAAAAUUGUUCAAAAAGCAAUUAGAUGUUAUUAAUGCUGCUGUUACCAAUACUGGAAAUAGACUAGAAGCUAUACAAAUGGCUUUAGACAAGGCAAUGGAAAACUUUAGACUUGGUAUGCCAAUAGAACCUCUAAAUAGCAAUAAUGACAUUGAACAAUGUAAUGAAAAAGUUGCAGACAAACCAGAAAUAAGUAACUCUCAUGAAAUAUAUGAUAGAGACAAGUUACUAGAAGUAUUGAAAUCUUUGAAAGUUGAUAACUUGAAAAAUCCACCAAGAGUAACAGUGGGCAUGAUUGGAUACCCCAAUGUUGGGAAAUCUAGUUCAGUCAAUGUUCUGAUGCAAACAAAAAAGGUGAGCGUAAGUUCGAUGCCGGGCCACACGCGACAUAUACAAUCAUUAAUGUUGGAUGAGGACAUUGAGCUCCUGGACUGCCCGGGAUUGGUGUUGCCAGCUUAUGCAGUCACUCCAGACCUACUGCUUACUGCGGUGUUGCCAAUAGAUCAGAUGAGGUCUCACGACGCAGCGAUGGCGCGUCUAUGUCAGCUCGUGGGACGACAUACGUUCGCGGAGCGUUACGGCCUGUUGCUGCCAGAAUACCAACAAGAUGACAUGGAAUACAAGAAGAUCCUGACUGCGCAUGCCUUCAACAGAGGUUUCAUGAGCGCCUCGGGUCAACCCGACGUGUCUCGCUCAGCUCGGCAGUUGUUGAAGGACGCGGCCAGUGGGACACUGCACUGGGAACAACUACCGCCGGGAUUCGAACCGUCUACGAUCCAGGCUCGCAUUAACGAGAGAAGCGAGACUAGGAAACCUACGCCCCGUGAGACGAGAGCUGUUGAGGGUUGGUUGAACAAGUCUGCGGAAAUUGACAACGCAUUUUUUGCGAUGAAGAAAAGUACAGCGCACGUGAAAGGAAAACCUAUAUUAGGAAUCAGUGGCGUCCAAACAGCUGACAAACUCUUGAGCAAACCCUGGAAACAGGAGAAGAAACACUCUAAUAAAAACAAGAGAGAGAAGUUAAGAAGGGUUUAUUCUCACUUGGACGAACAUUAAAUAUUGUUUGUAAUAUUUAUGGAAGGGAAUCAUUUGUCCAACCUUACAAUAGAUUUACAACUAAAUCCUAUGCAUUUGUAUUUUGGUUAAAUCUAAAAUAAAUUUAUUAUAUAUAUGUAUAUAUAUUAUAAAAUAAACGUAACCAUCGGCUUUAUGACACGUAGACGCCUAAUAAAAUAUGAAAUGCUUUGAGAUACCAUAUUAGGGACACAGCCUUUAUACAAAUCAUCAUAAUCACAAUAGCCAAUAGCGACUGGUAAGCUAUAUGCUGUAAUUAAUAACUGACCAAUGAGGAUUAAAAUCCCCGCGCCCGUUCCGGUUGAAUAUAUUGUUUGCAAUAUGAAUAUACGAAUCAAAUUAGAGGUAUACGGGUCUAUAAGGUUAAUGGUUGUAAAGUUAUAAAA